AACACCGCUUGCACCAACUCAGAUCUUUGAUGAAUAAAACCGCGUACGCAGUAGUACCCGCGAGUACGAACGCGACACACCACGAAACCAUUGUUCUACUAUCUCAAAUUAAUAGAAAGCAAUAGUAGUAUUUUUGACAUCGACGUUGAAUUUUUUGCGCAAUUGACAUUUGAGAGCAAGUGUAACAGUGCAUCAGCCGGUAAUAAGGUUGUCCCCGUCAAGUGUAUGUGCCAGUUUUUUUUGCGUGUUUUGAAAACACUUUGACCUUAGAUGCAAUAUACCUCAAAAGGAGCUGAAAAACUGAAACCAAAGCAAGCAAAACUAGCAACAGAAAAACCUCAAUCGGCAAACGAAGCAAUAAUUUUCGAUAUUGAAAGGUGCUACUGAAAAAUCGGAAUUGGCGCUAGAAACGCCUUGAAAGAAAAAGAAGGCGUAGUAGAAUAUAAAAAAAAGUGAUUGUUACAAGCCCGCAGUGACGAAAAAAAAAAAAACGUUAAGUGAAACUAUUGGAUAAAAGUUUGAAUUUAUGGUCGGGCAAAGGUACACGAGAUUAGUAUAAAAUCAAGCGUUGUUACGUUGUGAAAAAAUUGCGGAGCAAAAACGGUAACCUCUAGAAGAAACGGUGCUUCAGUUAAGUUGCAAAAAUGAGCGCAAAUAGGCAGGGCGGCCCAGUGGGCCGCAUCGUUGACAAAAUCAAGCGAACGAUGACAAACGAAGGGGAUGACACACGCGAUCCCCUGCAGUACGGUUACCAGCGUGUUAAUACCGGAGAAGGAUCGCUAUCCACAUCGACCACGGGCACCAGCUUGGAUACCAUCGUGUUGGAUACCAACGCCGAAGACCUUAACAGCACCCCUCGAGUUGGAGCGCAGCGAACGUUUAGCCCUAUCUUGGAAACUGAUGACACGAAUCCGUUCCUCGAUCCACCGGUUCAGAAAUCCUCUACCACUGCUGAAUCGAAAGCUAAGAGCAAAUCUUCGCUGAAGGGAUCGCGCGUAUCCUUCGACCAGGAGGAUCGAUUCGACGAAAGUGAUGAAGGUUUUCGCAAGCAGCGAGAGCACUUUCAGAAAAACAAGAGCCAUAGUACCUCCGAGCACAAGAAUCAGCUGAUAAAGGAACUCCGGCACCUGCUCGCAACCGACAACCGUCGACAGUUUCAGGGCAAAAAACAUGUCUCCUUGGAUGUCCAAAGCUCCAAGGUGCUCGAAGAGCUGCUGAAGGCUUCGUCCUCCGAGGACGACUUCGAACACCAACGCAAACAGUUCCAGGAGCGCAAACACAAAAGCCUCGACGCUCGCCAUAUUUCGUUCAAGUUCGAGAAGGAACCGUCACCGUCCAGCAGUGAAGAAGACUUCGAACCGUCGACCUCGUUGCUCAAGAUAGACGCCGAUAUCACCAAGCCCGUUGUCAUCGAUUUGAAAGUAAACCGAGCGCAGUCCGAUCAAGCAUUGACGCAAUUUCAAAAAAAUCUCGCCCAUUUUCAGGAUCUAGAUUCGAGCGAGGACGAAGAUUACAUUUCCUCGCGAAAACAUUUCCAACAGUCAAAGUCAAUGAGUACUGACUCUCGUAGAAGCAUACGCUUUUUCGAGAUGGAAAUGGGCACAAAGGAAGAAAACAUUCGGACGGCUGUUCCCUUCGUGCGACAAAUCACGGAGGAUGGUAAGCCGAAGCUCGAGGUCUAUCGGCCAACCACCAAUCCGAUCUAUAUCUGGACUCAGGUCUUGGCAGCUCUAUCGGUAUCGCUUGGUUCCAUGGUUGUAGGAUUCUCGUCAGCUUACACCUCACCGGCGCUGGUGUCCAUGAAGAAUCGCAACAUUACGUCGUUCGAAGUCACAGAUCAGUCGGGUUCAUGGGUCGGUGGAAUUAUGCCCUUGGCCGGUCUUGUUGGGGGUAUCCUUGGGGGACCGCUGAUCGAGUAUCUUGGUAGGAAAAACACCAUCCUGGCAACGGCAACCCCGUUCAUCAUCUCGUGGCUGCUGAUUGCUUGCGCUACCCACGUUGCAAUGGUUCUAGUAGGUCGCGCCUUGUCUGGAUUCUCAGUCGGCGUUGCAUCGCUAUCCCUUCCAGUGUAUCUUGGUGAGACCGUACAGCCGGAGGUGCGAGGAACACUUGGUUUACUUCCAACCGCUUUCGGCAACAUCGGCAUCCUGUUGUGUUUCGUCGCUGGAAAUUAUAUGGACUGGUCGGGACUGGCGUUCCUUGGAGCGGCCUUACCUGUGCCAUUCUUGAUUUUGAUGUUCCUUAUCCCAGAAACACCUCGUUGGUAUGUCUCGCGUGGCCGUGAUGAUCGUGCUCGUAAAGCCUUGCAGUGGCUCCGAGGCAAGAAAGCAGAUGUAGACCCCGAGCUGAAGGGUAUUAUCAAGUCCCACCAGGAUGCGGAGCGACAUGCAUCCAAGAGUGCAAUAUUUGAUCUUAUGAAGAAGGCCAAUCUCAAGCCACUGCUUAUUUCGCUUGGUUUGAUGUUCUUCCAGCAACUUUCUGGUAUCAAUGCUGUGAUUUUCUAUACGGUGCAGAUCUUCCAGGACGCUGGAUCAACGAUCGACGAAAAUUUGUGUACAAUUAUUGUUGGUGUAGUGAACUUUAUCGCAACGUUUAUCGCCACUAUGCUGAUUGAUCGGUUGGGCAGAAAGAUGCUGUUAUAUAUUUCCGACAUCGCCAUGGUCAUAACGCUGAUGACAUUGGGUGGAUUCUUCUAUGCGAAGAACAGUGGACAAGAUGUCUCGCAGGUCGGCUGGCUACCGCUUGCUGCUUUCGUAAUUUAUGUCCUUGGCUUCUCGUUAGGAUUUGGACCUAUCCCGUGGCUGAUGAUGGGUGAAAUUCUGCCGGGAAAAAUCCGAGGAUCAGCAGCCUCGGUAGCAACGGCCUUCAACUGGUCGUGUACUUUCAUCGUCACAAAGACGUUCUCUGAUAUCAUACAGGCCAUCGGUACGCACGGCACCUUCUGGCUGUUUGGAUCGAUUUGUGUAGUCGGUUUCGUGUUUGUGAUAAUAUACGUGCCCGAGACGCAGGGCAAAUCCCUCGAGGACAUCGAGCGAAAGAUGAUGGGCCGCGUGCGACGAAUGAGUUCGGUUGCCAACAUUAAGCCGCUGUCGUUCAAUAUGUAGAAGUAUGUUACCACUAUCAGUGAGAAUGAUCGUGGAUUAGUCUUCAAUUUAUAGCAGAAUGGUCCAGUCGGAUGGUGCACUCGAUAUAGGAAUUAAAUAGAAUUCACAGCCAUGGAAAACAAGCUAACUGUUCUUUAGUACCCGUGCCUAGUAUGUUCAACAUUAGCAUCCUUACUCGGGGGAUUAAAUUGCGAGAUUUAAGGUUAGGAAAUAAACAAGAGAUUCUUUGUGAUAUAUAAAGAGAAAGGGAAUGCAGGCAGAGUCCCUCAUAGAGGAACAGUUGACAAAUUAAUAUUGACAAAAAUCACGUAAAUCACGCAAUAGUUCAAAACUAAUCGACGUUAGUGGUAGUGUUGCUGCCGGCACAAAUAUGCAUCAAAUGGUGAUUGAAAAAUUUGACAUUUUAUUUCGUGUUUUUUUUUUAACCGAAUUAUCGAAAUUUGCUAGACAAGAACUAAUGAGAUUGACGAUAGGCAGCUAUAGAAGGACAGGAUGUAGAAGAGUAUCAUUGUACAUAUAUUUUCCUCAAGCGAUAAAAAUCAGUUCCUUUCGUAAGUAAAAUACCCUAAUUUUAAAUCUUAUAAUGCUUGGACAUUGUCGAGGACGCUGUAGAAUGAUAGGAUAGACAGAAACCGCUUAUUCAUGACAAAAUUGGAACCAAAAAUUAGGUUACGUUCAACUUAUUUACUCCAUCCAAUGAAGCUAAAAAGGGUGAUUUUCUUUGCUUUAAACUAUUACAGCCACUGCUAGACCCGCUAAUGGUAGAAUCUCAAGCAGAAAUUUCAAAAUGACAGAAGACAACCAAGAGCACAUUAGAAUUGCUUAGGUUGAAGCUUUGUCUAGCAAAGUGAUGAUUUCAUAAUUUUAAUUUUAUAAAUUAAGCAUAACGAAUAGCAUAAAAACUAUGUAUAAAACAAUGAUUAUUUAAUGUAAAAUAAUAAUUAUAUUGAAUAAAGAAUAAUUUAUACAAAUAAA